AUGGAUUCGUGUCUCGGGGUCGAGCAGGAUUUGGACAAAGCCACAUCAAAAUUUAAUGCUCUGAGUGAUCGUACUAAUGAAGAAUUAGACCGUAUCAUCAGACAGGCUGAAUGCUUUAGAAAUAUAAUGUCGGAACAGCCCCCUGACUCAACCUUAUGCUAUGAGCAGACUCUGGUGUUAUGUGAUUUUGCAGAGAGUUUAAAGAAGGAGGUUUUUGAAAUGUCAACUGAACAUCGGGAACUACACGCAACCGUUUCUCGGGUUGGUAAGUCGAUCGAUCGGCAUUUUGUCUCGGAUUACACAUCAGUGGCGCCAAAGGCCGAGUCAUUUUGUUCUGACACAAAUCGACCAAUUAUGGAGCAGGCAAUUGCUCAGCAUUUAUAUAGACAGGGCCUUGAGGAGGCGGGCGACGUGUUCGUAGCGGAGGCGCGCGUCGGCCCAGUGGAGCGCACGUGUGCGUUCGCCGUGCUCCAGCGCUGCGCCGCCUCGCUCGCCGACGGCGACCCGGCGCCCGCCCUGGACUGGGCCCAGCGGCGCGCCCACCAGCUGCAGCACUCGCCGCUGCCCUUCGCGCUGCACACCGUCCACACGCUCAAGGUGAACGACCGAAAGGGG